CCCGCCGCGGAGCGCGCUCCCCGCCUCGGGCGGUUGCGGGGCGCCGUCCGGCAGCGGCGCGAAGUCUCUCCCGCUUCCUCAGGGCGCUGGAAGCUCGCGCGCGCCGGGCUCCGUUCGCUGCCUCCCCGUCCUGCCUCUUCCCUGCUUCCCGGAGCGUUAACGGCCGUUGCUGCUGCAGGACUUGACUCUAGCGGGCCUGCUCGAGGGCCGCAAGCCACGGUGCUCGCCCUCAAGCCCUUCGAAUCUAGGUCACGGCAGCAGUCCGAGAAUCCUGACCGAGGACGAGCGCGGGCGGUGACUAACCCAAACAGGUGGUUCAGGCUCGGGAGGAAGGCGGGCGGCAUUACGUUAGCGUUUCCGCGUCACCCUCCCCAACUCCCCUGGCCGGCCGCAGCCAGCCGGCGAAGCCCGAGCGCGGAUCUAAGGCACGAACGAUGCUUCCAGAGGGGUCUGACAGCGGGCUCGCUGAGGGCGGGAGCCGGACUUGAACCUCGGGCUUCCCGGGAGAGCCGUCGGAGCUGCCUCACGGCCAUCCCACCGCAGCAGCGGGGCACGGCCCUCCGCGCCCAACUCGCACCAGAUGGGGAAGCCAUAGGGAGUUUGUAUCAUGGCAGCAGAUGAGGAUGGACUGGGACUGUUUGAUAUCCGCUACGGUGUUGAAGCUUCCCCUUUCAAGGAAGGUGAUGAGAGCUCAGUGGAUAUUUACGAUGGCUUGGACAAUGGUUUGACAGUCCCUGACAAUUCUGCCCCAAAUUCUACACCAGCUGGAAACAGCUUAAAUUUAUUUGAUGAGAUAUUAAUUGAAGAAGGGACUGCAAAGGAAGCAUCCUACAACGAGUUGCAGGCAGAAUAUGGAAAAUGUCAGCAGCAAAUCAAAGAGUUGAUGAAGAAAUUUAAGGAAAUACAGGCACAGAAUGUCAUCCUACAGAAUGAAAACCAAGCUCUCAAAAAGAACAUUUCAGCACUUAUCAAAACAGCAAGAGUGGAAAUUAACCGUAAGGAUGAAGAAAUCAGUAAUCUCCAUCAAAGGCUAUCAGAAUUUCCCAAUCAUCGAAGUAGUUUCACCAGAACAUACCUUCCAGGAUCAACUAAUGGAAGGUGCUCCGAGAUGUGUAAAACAAAAGAUUCUAAAUUCAGACCUUCUGAAUUAGGCGACAGUAUAAAGAUGGAGCAUAGGAUGAAAAAUGACUGUUUAAAAGAUACAUACCACAGUUACUCAUCUCAUAAUACAGACAGUGGGAAGUCUAGCUCUGAAAAAAGAAACACUCCAUAUUUACUGAGAUACCCUCCUGAUGAGCUCUGCAACGAUGGUACUCAUACGUGUCUACUGAACUAUGACCAUAGUUCCAACAAGGAUAACAGAAAGGAAAGAAAAGAAAUUAGAAGUAAUGAACAGUACAGUAGGGGAAAUGUCAACAAAUACAAAAGAGAAGUACAUCAGAGCACCGGAAGCAAUGGUGACAGUGAAGAGGGGAAUUCAGAUCCUCAGCAAAAGCUGAAAAGCCUUUCAGAGAAGGCCAGUAAAAAUGAGUUGCAACAAAAAAGUCAGAGUGUGAAACUCAAAUGCAGUCCAAGUGUAGAAAGAAGAGUAGAAAGGGGUGUUUCUUCCUGGGAGAAACAAACUACUGGUAAAGACAGAUUUCAAACAAGAGGUGAAUUGUAUCCUGAUGAGAGAUCACAAAAUGUAUUAAAAAAAGACAUUAAAACACAUGAUAAAGAUGAAAAAAAUGCUGGCCUAAAAAAAACAAAUGAAAAGCUACAAGAGCAGCCAAGGAGGUCUGGUAGAGGGAGCAGUCCACACUCAAAGAAUGAACAUUCAAAGAGUCUUCAUGAAUCACGUAAAUGUCGUGUGGAAGAGUCUAGAAAAGGAAAAGACAUUGACUGCAAGAGAGACAGGGGAGCAAAUGAUCAUACUGCUCGAGACGGAAGGACUUCACCUAAUUCCAACAGCAGAGAGCAUAAAUAUGCACGCUUGAAGGAAAAUAGUAGUAGGUAUGAAUGGGAAACAGCACAUUCCAAAUCAGAAAGACACAGAACUGAAGAAAAAAGGAAAAGAGAAAGAGAGAAUCAGGAUGAAAAUAGGCAUUUUAGAAAUGAAAGAAGAGUUGCAAAAGAGAUAUCACACCAAUCUGCAAAAGAAUCCAAGAAAGGUACAGAUGUUGCAAAAAGUGAGAGAAACAAGUCCUAUAAGCUAGAAGACACAUCCAGAGUAGCAGAUAGCUUAAAAGACCAUAAAGUUCCCAAAACUAAAGAUGAUCACACUGGGACAAAGAGCAAAGAUUUAAAACUUAGCUUUAUGGAAAAGCUAAAUUUAACUCUUUCUCCUGCUAAGAAACAAUGUCUCUCUCCAACAGAUGGAUUUAAACCACCUUCCCAACAGGCCACUGCUGAGGGAAGUACAGAGCUCAUGCUGCAGGCAGAACUGUUAGAUUCUGCCCACCCUAUUAACUGUGGUCCCACAGAGCAAACUAAUUCAACACUACGAGUUCUGGACAGCACAGCUCAAAGCGAUGUGGAACCAGCACUGCCUGUUUCUGUCAAUUCUGAAAAUAAAGCCUUGAAAGUAGCAGCAGCAGACCCAGCGCAGUCUGAAGCAUUGCCAGCAGUGGCAACUGAUGAAAUGAGCUCAGAAACCUUACCAGAAGCAGAAUUGGGUCAGGUACAGCCCCAAGCCUUGCCAGGAGCAGCAGAAGUACUGGUUCCUGAUAAGAUGCAGGCUGAAACGUUGUCAGAAGCAGCAGAGGCUUGUGAUCUGGUUGAAUUGGAAGCCUCAGCAACAGCAGUGGCAGUGAAGGAUCUGAAUCACCCUGAAUCUUUGCCCCUGGAGGUGGCAGGGAGUGUGGCAGAGUGUGAAAACUUGCCUGUGACAGUGGGCAUCAUGCAGGAUGAUAAUGUACCAGCAGCAGAAGUGGCACAGUCUGAAACUGCCCGUGAAAGUAUGGGAGCCCUUCCAGAGUCCACAGCAGAGAAGAAAGAGGAAGAUAAAACAAGGCUAGCUGCUGACAUAGAAAGCUCAGCAGGCCAACAUGGCUCUCAAAACCUUGACUUGGAAGCCAAAAGUUCUGGUGUCCUGGAGUCCUGUGAUGUGACAGAUGAUAUUAGCGAAACAAAACCAGACUCUUUAAUGGAAGUAGUGAAGGACAAUGAUCACUUGGCUGCAGAUGUUGAGUGUCCCGUUGAAGAAAAGGGUAUCUGUGAAAUGAAUAUGAGUACAUCUCAGUCACUUGACAGAACUAUGUUAACUGAUAAGGAUGAACCAUUAGUUGACCAGAAUGCUUGUGAUCUGGAGCCAGACCUAACUGAAAUCAGUACUGCAGCAUCUUCUCUUAGUGGUGAGAUAUAUCCUAGAACUAAAGAAAGAGAGAUUAACCCAGUUCCUGUUGAUGAUGACAGCUCAAUACUGAGUAUUGAUCUCAAUCACUUGAGGUAUAUUCCAAAGGCAAUCAGCCCACUAAACAGUCCAAUGCGACCUUUGGCUAAAGCACUCAAGAUGGAAAGUCCCUGCAAAGGUCUUGUGAAGAGUUAUAACAAAGAUUUAAAUCCUGAAAGUACGGUUGUUGUCUGUCCCUCAAAGAAUUUGUCAAAGGAGGUAAACAAAGAAAAUCAAAAGCCAGUUAGCAUGUCUGAUGAACACUUAGAGAUGGAGUCCCAGCUGAGUAUCUCUUCAGAUGAAAUAGAAGAAGGAGAAAUCAUAAGUAGCGAUGAAGAUGAAGAAAAAUCUAAGCCAGAAAGAGGCUCUGAAAAGACAAAAAAGUCAAGACCAAAAGCCUCUCCUGAGACACGAAAUUUGACCAGCAGUCCGCAGAAUCAAAAGAACAAACCUGUGCAUUGCAAUGAAGAUAAUGGAAAAUUUGUUUCUGUGAAAGUAAGUACAAAGAAGAACAGAGAGAGGCAUAAAAAUCAGACUUUCAGAUCUUCGAAGGAUAUGAAGAAAAAUAAAACUGUAAGCAUUGCUUGUCUCGAAAAAAUAGUUCAUGUUAUUGUUGAGCCUUCAAAUGUACAAGAAAUCAUGCAGAUGCUAAGAGCUAUACGAAAACAGAUGAGGAAAAAUUAUAUGAAGUUUAAGGUACACUUCCCAGUUCAGCAUUUUCACAGAAUCAUAGAAUCUGGUAUCAUAAAUUUUACAUCAUUAAUAAAAUACUUGAACUUUUCCAAGAUGUCUACACUGGGUGAGACAUUAAAAUUGAAUGUCUGUGAUAUUAUAGAAUCCAAACUUAAGCAAGUUAAAAAGAAUGCAAUAGUGGACCGUCUUUUUGAACAACAAGUAUCAGAUAUGAAAAAACAGUUAUGGAAAUUUGUAGAUGAACAACUUGAUUACUUAUUUGAAAAGAUAAGGAGAAUUAUAAUAAAACUAUGUGAUGUGGGAAAUGAGAGUGAGGAAGGGAAGUUUGAAAGAGCAGGAAAGCAAAAACACAAGAUCAGUCAUAAAAAUUAUGUGCAAAGAUCUAGAAAAAAGUCCCUGAAACCCAGAUCUCAAAAGCCUGAAGAAUAUAUCCUUUCGAAGCAAAUUGUGGAUUAUCAACGACGUAAGUGUCACCAUGAGAAAAAUAAAACAGAUGCGCCAAAAACUGCCUUUACAAAAUGUCUUAACUCCAUUGAUAACACGAGGAAUUCCCAAACCAAAGUGCACCUCUCUAAAGAGAAUAAUUUGCAAGGCACUCUCACUCCAUUGAAGGGUGUAAAAUAUGAAAAGGAAGGAUUCCAACUAUCCAGAGAUGCUAACAAGUCUGAUCUUGGUUAUGAGCUUCUCACAGAACAACAAGCGUCCAGUCUUACGUUUAAUCUUGUAAGUGAUGCUCAAAUGGGUGAAAUUUUCAAAAGCUUAUUGCAAGGUUCUGAUCUCUUGGAAAAAAAUGGUGGCAAUAUCGACAGAAAUGAGUGGGAAUUCAGGACUCCAGAAAAACAGUUUUUAGACAGUCAUAAAUGCAGAGGUAAUGCUGCUGGACUGGUGCAAGAGAUUGCUCCAAAGGAGGCUUGUGUGGAAUCUCGACCAGUAGAGGAUAUUACCUCACCUACUGUUUCACCUGUAAGAACUCCCUCUUUAACAUCUAGGCUUCAGAUGUCUGUUGAUCCAGAUGUAUUAGAUGAAAGCUGUAUGUUUGAGGUUCCUACAAAUGCAGCUGCAUGCAAAGAUGACGAAUGCAAUUUACAAAAGAAUAAAUCAAUUGUUUCUUCUGUCCUCCUUGAAGAUUUGGCUGUUUCCUUAACUAUUCCAUCACCUUUGAAAUCAGAUGCUCACCUCAGCUUCCUAAAACCUGAGAAUAAUUCUAGCUCAACUCCCGAGGGUGUUCUCAGUGCACAUUACAGUGAAGAUGCCCUUCUUGAAGAGGAGGAUGCCACUGAACAAGACAUUCAUUUGGCUUUAGAAUCUGAUAACUCAAGCAGUAAAUCAAGUUGUUCUUCAUCGUGGACAAGUCGGCCUGUUGCUCCCGGUUUUCAGUGUCGCCCCAGCCUACCAAUGCAAGCAGUGAUCAUGGAGAAAUCCAAUGAUCAUUUUAUUGUAAAGAUUAGGCGUGCAGUGCCAUCUACCUCACCAGCAUCUGAUCAGGUGGCUUCAGUGAAGGAGGCACGGGCAUCCUCAACCAAGAUUGAAAAAGAGGAAAUGAGAAGUGGGGAAAAAGAAAGGGACAGUCAGAGUGCCACAGCAGCUACUGUGCAAGAAACUCUCAAACCAGAUCUGGUUAAGACAAAUCAGUUGCCUCAUGUCAGCACUGGACAAGAACAAAAUCCUGCCUUACCUCAGCCUCUAAGAGAGUCCCAUAAUAGUAUUGGAAAGGAAGACACUGCUGGGUUGCUUGCACCGUGUAGAAAAUCUUCAAACACAGACAGCCAUGAAACUGAAAGCCGGGAUGAAGGCUCUGAGCAAUCUCAGGCACACAAAUUGAAAGUAUCUGAAAAUAUAAAUGAAAUGUGUGUUAGAUCUCAAGCUUCUUUUUCUGCUGGAUGCAGUAUAGAGUCAUACAUAGACUUAACAGAUGAUAUUGUUAGUGAAACUUCAUGUCAUGUGGUGGAAUUCACUGCAGAUAACAGGACUCAGGAAAAUUCUACAGGAAACUCAGAAAUCAGUGAUAAAAAGGAAGAACUGGAAGACUGCUCUGAUGCAUUUAUAGACUUAACGGAAGAGCUUUCCAAUGAGACUGUGGCAGGUGAAGGUAAUCUUGAAACAAAAUCCACUUCAAAUACUGAUGUAGUAUGCCAGAUAAGUAUAGAUGAUAAAGCUAGUAAAAAAAGGAAAAAGGAGGCUGUCAGAGAGAAUUCCAACUCAAAAAGGCAACGAAAAGAAACUGAAUCAGCAGGUGAAGGGAGUGAUGCAAGUGAUGUGAAGUCUGAAGAGGUAAAUUCAGCUCCCAAACAAUGUUCCAGUAUGAAGAAUGAGUUGCAGCAAAACAAAGACUCUUCUCCUUUGGCUUCAUCUGCAUCAUCACCUAGUCUGUAUGCCAAAAACAUCAUUAAAAAGAAGGGAGAAGUAGUAGUUUCCUGGACAAGAAAUGAUGACCGAGAAAUUUUACUGGAAUGUCAGAGAAAAGGACCAUCAAGCAGAACCUUUGUUUCCUUAGCCACUAGGCUGAACAAAAGCCCAAAUCAGGUUUCAGAAAGAUUCAAGCAGUUAAUGAAGCUGUUCAAGAAAUCCAAGUGCAAGUAAACUUACCACCAAGUUGCUUCAUGGUUACAGGGUUUUAGCUAUUACCAGCAGCGAUGGACUACAACCACUGCAUUCAAAUGAUGGGAUUAGUGGGACGUACCCAAGUCAGAAUACUAAGUUUGGUAAAUCUGAUGCACUGUUAAUUAUUUACUUCCCUGUCCAUGUUUCCUCUGAAGUGCUUUGUCAGAAUAACACAGAGGGAACUUUGCAAACAAACUGGCUAGGAAAGAAUGGGCAUGUACAAAUGGAGCAGUAUCACUUCAAGGAGGUGACAUCCCCUGUCGGUUAAAUGUGUUCUAUAAGCAAAGAAAAGGACACGCAGUCUAGUGAAAAUGGUGGGCCUUGCUUAACGUGUCGGAAGUACUGCGUAUGGUGUUGUCAAACUAUGAUUUUAAAAAGUAAGAGUGCUUUGGAAUCCAGUUGGUGGAUAAUCCUGGAAAAUGACAGGUAUGUCAUCCCGGUUACCUUGAAACAUAUUUUAAGAAGUUAGGCCUCUCUCUUUUAAAAUAAGGCAGGGCAAUAAUAGCAAUGAUUCCAAAAGCUGCUUAUCUAGUAAUUGGAUUCUGAUGGUAAGCAAUAGGUGGUUCUUGCUGCUUUUUCAGUUGCUUAUAGUAGGUUUCAAGGAGAGAAUCUGGCACGUAGUGUAGGGUUUGUCUUCAACUUAAGCACAUUAUCUAGGCCAUUUCUAAUGACUCCAGUGUUCAACAGAGAUGAAUGAGUUUCUCUUUGAGGGUGCCUAUCUGUCGUCCUUGACAAUGGAGAAAAUCUAAGCCAGUUGCCUAGCCUAGACCCCUAACUUUCUGAUUUCUGAAGUCAAAUUAAAUGAGUCCCAACCUCUGUGAGAGAGUGAAGCCAGUCAUUAAUACAGUGACCAGUUUUUCAGUUUCUUUUAAAUCAUGAAAUGCCAUAAUGAGUACUAAUUUACAAAGAACUGUCUUGUAGUUAAAAACAUUUUGCAGUUCUGAUGAUAUUUAAAAAGACUUAGUAUUGAAUUUUGAAUAGUUGGGAAUUUUUUUUCUGUGAAAAAUGUAUUGGAAUUUUUUUCAAUUUUUUUUUUUUUUUUGCGUCGGAAAAGGCUAAUGUGUUUUUCUGCUCCAGAUUACAUCUGGGAAAGGUACUUAAUUUAGGUCUUCAACAUAAUGAACAUUCUGUUUUGCUCAAAAAAAAAUAUAUAAAAAUUGACAAGUGAUUGUGUUUUUAAAAUUAAUUUAGAAACAGACCUUUACAGUUUUAUAAAAUGUGACUUUAUACGUACUAACCAGGAGAAAAACUUUUCUGUAAAAACAAGCAGUUUCAAAAGCUUGUCAACUUGGCAUGUUUUGACAGCAAUUGUAUCUAUCUUUACAAAUUGUUUAGUAUAUUAGAAAUUCAUUAUGUUCUAUUUUAAAGAACUGUUAUAACUGCUUCCAGUUUUACUAGUACAUACUAAAAGUGUGUAUGUAUAUAUAUGUAUAGACACACAUAUCUCAUAUAUUGCUGCUUUAUCCCAAAUUUCUAAAAAGCUUUUUUUUUUUUUUUUUAAUUCCCCCUAGGAAACAUUCCUGGAAGUUGCACAGGUUUUUGUAUUAUGAAUUCAUUGUUGUUUGAGUUGUUCUUCUUUAUUGAGGAUCGGAAUUGCUGUAUCUAGUCAGAAUAUCUGCUACAUUUAGUUAGACUUCAUUUAAGAGCCCCAUCUUAGUGCAUUGCCUUUCAACUUGGAUUAAAUUGGCUUUUUUUCAGAAUCCAAUGACCACUUCUUCAGUUUCAGCAUAAUGGUUUUUUGCUCCCUCUCCAAUGAAUGGGACAGACUUCUCAUUCUAAUAAACCAUCAGGUAAUUUGUCAGUGAUGUUGCCACCAACACCUUUGGAGUAUUGUAAAGGUGACCUAUGGAAUGGAUUGUCAUGCUGCCAAACAGUGCAUCGUCCUUGUUUUAGGCAGUGCUCUGGAAACUGUUACAAGGAAUGACUUGAGUAGGUGAUGAUGUCAGUUGUGGCAGUCUUCCAUCUUAGGUGCUUGCUUCUAAAACGGUUGCUUUUGAUGAUCAAGUGUCAUCUUCCAUGCUACGCCAGCAGCACCUAGUGAUUUCAGGGGGGGAUUUGUAUACCUACCCAUGCUUGUUCUUAAUGAACAUUUGUGGCAAUUGUGUACUUUUUGGAGAUUUAAAUCUAACUGAAUCUGUUCUCAGAAUAGUCAGUUAGCAGAGUAGCAUUCAUGUUUGUGGAAAAAUCAGGCUCUACUAACAGUAUUCUUUUAACCAUAUCGUUAGAGAUCAGAAUGUGCACAGUACUGAAGGCACUGAGGGAAGUAGUUUCUCUGCACUUAAGUGCUUCCUCUCUGUCUCAAAGAAGCAGGCAGUAUUUUGUUACAAAGUUGUUUAUUCCUUGUCUGUGUUUAUUUACUUUCUUAUCUGUACAGGUGAUGGGGGCGGUGGGGUUUGACUGGUUUGGUUCUGACUUGGAUUCCUUUUUUGUAAAUUAUGAAACUUUUUUUAAUGUUCUGUCUAUUGUAAGUAUGUGUACAGGUUCCUACGUGGUCAUGUAAAAUAUCUGAUGUGUGUAUAUAUAUAAAUAUAUGUAUAAAAAUAGAGAGAGCUUUGUUUAGCCAAAGAUGAUUUUUUUAACUAUAUAAAACUCUGGGUUUAUUUUGUAUAAACUAAAUAGUUUGCUUACUGUAAGAGUAAUGCAAAAAAUAAAACUGUAAAAUUCA